GCCAGAUACAGAAACCAGCCAAAGUUCUCAAUACGGCUUUGAAUCGCUAACUCAGAAGAUUUGUCUCAUCUGCGGUGAUGAGGCUUCUGGUUGCCACUAUGGAGUACUCACUUGUGGGAGUUGUAAAGUCUUCUUUAAAAGAGCCAUGGAAGGGCAGCACAACUAUUUAUGUGCUGGAAGAAAUGACUGCAUAGUCGAUAAAAUUCGUAGGAAGAACUGUCCAGCGUGUCGCUUGAGGAAGUGUUGUCAAGCCGGUAUGGUCCUGGGAGGUCGAAAAUUUAAAAAGUUUAACAAAAUCAAGGUUGUGAGAACACUAGAUGCUGCACUCCAGCAGCCAGCAACUCUUCAAGAUGAAAGCCAGUCUCUAACCCAACGGCUGUCCUUUUCUCCAAAUCAAGAAAUACAGUUUGUUCCCCCAAUGAUAAGUGUCUUACGAGGCAUUGAGCCAGAAGUUGUCUAUGCUGGUUAUGACAAUACAAAACCCGAAACACCAAGUUCCUUGCUGACCAGUCUAAAUCAUCUUUGUGAGAGGCAACUUCUUUGUGUGGUCAAAUGGUCUAAAUUGCUACCAGGAUUUCGGAAUUUGCAUAUUGAUGAUCAGAUAACCCUCAUCCAGUACUCCUGGAUGAGUCUAAUGGUUUUUGCAAUGGGAUGGAGAUCAUACAAGCAUGUCAGUGGUCAGAUGCUAUAUUUUGCACCAGAUCUGAUUCUAAAUGAACAGAGGAUGAAAGAGUCAUCAUUCUAUUCCCUGUGCCUAUCCAUGUGGCAACUCCCACAGGAAUUUGUAAGACUUCAAGUUAGCCAAGAAGAGUUCCUGUGUAUGAAAGCGCUGUUACUUCUCAACACAA